ACAGACAGAUUUUUCAGUUUAAUCUUUAAAGAUGAACGAUAGUGUGAAAGGAACCAAACCAGAUGUUACUUUGGCUGGCACAUCUUAUGGCAAAAGCGGCGUUCGAAUUUUGAGAGUUGCAAAGGAUGGAAAUGUUCAUUACAUAAAAGAACUGGAAGUUUCCACAAAAUUAACGCUUGAUACUGAGAAAGAUUACAUUUCUGGCGAUAAUUCUGACAUCAUUGCCACCGAUUCUCAAAAGAACAUCGUCUACAUCUUGGCAAAGAAGUUUGGAAUAAAAUCUCCAGAAGAUUUUUCUAUUCUUCUUUGCAAUCAUUUCUUGUCUAAAUACAACCACGUGAUGAAAGUUGUGAUUGAAAUAGAAGAAAUUUUAUGGAAUCGAAUUUCUUAUGGCGAAGCUAGCAGUCAAAUGUAUCAUAAUCAUGCUUUUGUUCAUACUCCCAUUUAUAUUCGAAAUACAACAGUCACGUGGAACAGACAUGAAUAUUUUCCAACUGUUAUUAGUGGAAUUAAAAAUUUGCGCGUCUUAAAAACUGCUCAAAGUUCUUUUGUGAACUUUGUUGACGAUGAAUAUCGAACGCUUCCUGAUCAAAAAGACAGGAUUUUCAGCACUAUUAUUGAUUGUGAUUGGGAAUAUAUGAAAAUACCCGACAUUGAUUAUGAUAAAUCGUGGGAGGUCGUUAAGCAUUGUAUCUUGAAGAAUUUUGCUGGUGACUUGGUUUGUGGCACGCCGUCACCAAGUGUUCAACACACCCUUUAUACGGCGGAAAAAGAAGCCUUAGAACGGGUUCCAGCUAUAAACACGAUUGAAAUGACGAUGCCUAAUAAACAUUACUUUGCAUUUGACUUUUCAAAGUUCAAGGGACUCGAGAUUGAAAGCACAAAUGACGGUGAUACGGUUUUCCUCCCACUUGAUAAGCCUUCGGGAGUUAUUUAUGGGAAGCUCAAUCGUAAACCAAGUAAAUUGUAGACAAUAUUUUUUAUAGUCGCUACUAGGAGCAUGUAAUUAGUUUAUAAUAGCAAUAAAAGUUUCAUAUUUGAAG